UUUUUCCCCUUGUGACAUGUGCUUUAGCUGCAGCAAAAAGGAAAUGUGUCAUCUGUGGUUUGGUUUUAAGAGUGGAAAGCGAGCUCUACAUAUCCUUUUUUUUUUUAAUUCAGAUUUAAUUUAAGGUUCAUAGUCUUUGCCUCUAUUUUGCUUUAAAUUAGAAAAGAAGAAAAAGAAGUGGUUUAUUAAAUUCACACUGUAAUCAGAUUUUUCAGCACGCAUUUGUAAGAUUACCAGUAUACUCACGGACAUGGAAUACAUAGAGCAUUACCUGCAUCUUGUCUUUCUGAUGACAACAGUUUUUUCUUUGUCUUCUGGGACAAAAGCCAACUAUACCCAUCUAUGGGUUAACAACACUACUGCCUGGGAUUCAGUUACUCAAAACAAGACGGGCAGAAACCAAGAUGAAAACAUUAACACAAAUACUGUAACUCCUGGAAGUGACUACAGAGAUAAUUCUACAAACAUGCCUGGCAUAGCAUUAUCAUCUCACAUCAUACCUUUAACUCCUACAUUUGAGAAGGAGCUUUACACACCGUUUGUGGUCAGGAACAAUUCUCCAGCAGUACAGAACAUUGAAAACUCAAGCAAAAGUCAUGGUGAAAUUUUCAAAAAGGAUGUGUGCGAGGAAAACAACAUGGCUAUGCUGAUUUGCUUAAUUAUAAUUGCAGUGCUUUUUCUUAUCUGUACCCUUCUAUUUCUGUCAACUGUGGUUCUGGCAAACAAAGUCUCAUCUCUCAGACGAUCAAAACAAGUAGGCAAGCGUCAGCCUAGAAGCAAUGGCGAUUUUCUGGCAAGCAGUGGUCUAUGGCCUGCUGAAUCAGACACUUGGAAAAGAGCAAAACAGCUUACAGGGCCCAACCUAAUGAUGCAAUCUGGAGUGCUUACAGCGACAAGGGAAAGAAAAGAUGAAGAAGGAACUGAAAAACUUACUAACUAGCAGAUGCUUUAGUGAAUCAACAUGCAAAAUGGCAAUGAGAAAGGUUAUGGAGUAAAAAUGUCCGUUCUGACCUGAUGAUCUAAAAUUCAGUAUGGUAGGCCUUGAAAUCUAGAAUCAAGCAAGGGAAAAGCGGAGGUGUAUGCCUGCUUACUCAAACUGUGUAUUUCUGUUUUGACACUGAAUAUUUUAAAAACAAAUAAUAAAACCACCAUGCACCUUCCCCCCUUGGAGAAGGAUUUAAAAAUAAGAUGAAGAAACUGACUAACAGAGAUAGUAAGGGAUAAUUAAAGAAAUAGUUCCUAUUCAGCAAGUACUUAGGAUGACUUUUGCCUGAAUGUAAUUAAAUUUUGAAGAGUCUCAGUGUGUCCUUAGAAGUUAAAAGUCCUAAUGUGCAGAGCGGAAUGAUAUAAUUUAAAGGAACUUUGUUGGAUGUGACAGAACCCAUACCAGCUCAUAAAUCAACACAGCUAAUUUUAGGCUACAUGCGUUCAUCUUUACAUAUGGCAUACAUAAAAAAAUGUUUUUCCACUGUAAAUAUUAUAUAAAAACAUUUAAUUUUGUAUAAUAUAUUAAAAUUUGUUAGACUAAAAAUAUGACUAUGUAUAUUUGCAU